AUGCGCGUGUGCUACGACUUCCUGGUCACUGCGGUCGCCCUACUCGCGAAAAGCGGUGCUGCAUCAGCUACCAACGCGCUCUCGGAGAGGGUGCCGUCCGACUCGGUGGAGACUAUCGACAUGACUCGGCGGUUCCUGAGGGUCUUCGAAGGGGACGAAGAGAGGACCUUUAAUGCAGCAAAGGUGGAUGACCUCAUCGACGUGAAGAAGCUCGAUGAUGCGCUCGACAGCAAGGCAGGUAUGAAAACCUUGUUCAGCGGUUUGUACAAUGCGGAUAAGGCGGACAGGGUGGAAGCUCUCCAAAGACUUGCGAACCACAAAAAGGAGUAUCACUUCAACAUCCCGACCAUCCAGCCACUUCAACUCGGAGUCAUGGGAGCCGAGCUCAAGAUCGCGUACGAGGGCGGUGAGGCCGAGCGCGCCGCGCGCCACUUCGUGGACAAUUCGGCCUCGGCCGUGGCCUACAAGCGCGUCGAGGACGCAUGCGCCGCCGUCAACGACGAGGAGGUGGACUUCGCCGUGCUGCCCAUCGAGUCGUCCUCGCUCGGCAGCAUCCACGCCCACUACGACCUGCUGCUCAAGUACGGUCUGCACGUCGUGGGCGAGUACGACCUUCAGCAGCAGCAGCCAGAGGCCGCCCCGGUGCCGCAGGACGCAUCGUCGACGCCGUCGUCAUCGUACACGCGGUUCCUGCUGCUGUCCAAGAAGGAGGACCUGGCGCUGGACGACAAGAAGACGGCAGGCGUCGACUUCAAGACGUCGCUGGUCUUCGGCUUCAAGGACAGCUCGGCCAGGGGCAUGCUCACCCGCGCACUCGCCGUCUUCUCGCAGCGCGACCUGGACCUGACCAAGAUCGAGAGCCGCCCAUGGGAUGGCCAGGCCCCGCAGCAGCACGGAGAGACGGCCGUCGACACCCGCAGGUACAAGUACCUCUUCUACGUAGACGUGCAGGGCCACCUCACGGAUGCCAACAUGGCGGCGGCCAUGCGGCGGCUCAGCGAGAUCUGCGCUUUCGUGCGCGUGCUGGGCUCGUAUGCGACGGCGCAGAGCGCGGAUGCCCUGACGGCGGUCGAGCUAGCGCGCAAGACCGGCCGCCGCGAGACCGGCACCAACAUCACCAUGGCCGACAAGUACCCGCUGAACCCCAUGUUCCAAAAGGUGACGGUCGCCAAGACCGUGCUGAUCCACGGCCAGACCAAGCAAAUGGAGGCCGAGGGCAAGCAGGUCUGGUCGCUCUGCGUGGGUGAGCCCGACUACAACCCGCACGAGCGCGUGUUGGCUGCAGGUGCCAAGGCCAUGAGCGACGGCAACAUCAAGUACGCGCACAUGAAGGGGCUGUUGGAGCUGCGCGGCCUCAUCUCGACGUACCUGGAGAAGGCAAAGGGGCUCAAGUACGACCCAGCCACGGAGGUGCUCGUGUCGAACGGUGCGCAGCAGUCAGUGUACCAGGCGCUCUACACGGUGUGCCGUCCCGGCCAGAAGGUCAUCAUCCCCACGCCCUACUGGCUCAACUACCCAGAGAUCGUCAAGCUCGUGUACGCGGAGCCCAUUCCGCUGCGCACGACACUCGAGGAGAACUACCUGAUCAACCCGCAGGAGCUGGAGAGGACGCUGACGGCGCACCCGGACGCCAAGGCCAUCAUCCUGUGCAACCCGAGCAACCCGGCCGGCACGCUGCACAGCCCCGAGCACCUCGAGCGGAUCGCCGCCGUGCUGCGCAAGCCGCAGUUCCGCCACGUCGUGGUCGUCUCGGACGAGAUCUACGAGCAGCUGCUGUACCAGGACGAGGGCGAGUCCGAGCGCAAGCACGUGAGCUUCGCGACGCUGCCGGGCAUGUACGAGCGCACGCUGCUGGUGAACGGCUUCUCCAAGGCGCACGCCAUGACCGGUCUGCGGGUGGGCUACCUCGCCGCACCAAAGUACUACAUCGACCCGUGCACGCUGUUGCAGGCGCAGCUCACGUCGUGCCCGAACACGGUGGGCCAGGUGGCUGCCGUGGAGGCGCUGAAGUACGAGCUCGAGUGCAUGGAGAAGGGGGAGCGCCGCAUCACCGAGGUCAUGAAGAACCUCGACACCAAGCGCCGGUACAUCGUCAAGCGCCUAAGCGCCAUGCCCAACGUGCGCUUCGCGUACCCGACGUCGGCCUUCUACGUGUUCCUGGACCUGUCGAGCUACUUCAAGGGCAAGAAGGCGUUCAUGGCUGACAAGAGCGUGGCGCUCGCAAGCGUCGACGACUUCUGCGCGCACCUGCUGCAACACUCGCACGUGGCCGUGGUGCCGGGCUCCGAGUUCGGCGACGAGUUCGGCAUGCGCAUCUCGUACGCGAGCUCGAUGGAGGCGAUCGCGCACGCGAUGGACGGCAUGGAGAACUUGCUCAAGUCCUUGAUCUUUGAGUAGGUCUAGUAGCUGUUAGUGUACAAUGUAAGGUUUCGACGUAAUGUAUCAGACUGCAAGUAUC